CGUUUUCCUCUCCCUCUCCCCACCCCUCUCCGCCUUUUCUGGCAUGGCAACCGCGGCGGUUGGGCGCGUGUUGGCGGGCGGCCGCAGCUGGAGCACAGCGGCGAGAACGGGGAAACCGUUGGUGGGGUCGAAGAUGGUAAGGCUAAUCUGUGUUACCACUCCAGCAUCGCAGAAGAAAAGUAAUGUUCCUUCAGGACCUGAACAAUACACAGAAUCUUUUUUUAAAAAAAAGAUUGAAGAGUUCAACAUAGGAAAGAGACAUUUAGCUAACAUGAUGGGAGAAGAUCCAGAAAGUUUUACCCAAGAGGAUAUUGAUAAAGCAAUUGCCUAUUUAUUUCCUUCUGGUCUAUUUGAAAAAAAGGCCAGGCCUCUCAUGAAGCACCCUGGUGAAGUGUUUCCAAAGAGAAAUGUUGCCCAAUGGGAUGCAGAUGGUCGUCCAUUUAAUUUUCUUUUUUAUACCGGCAAGCAGUCAUACUAUUCUUUAAUGCAUGAGAUAUACAGUAAGGUACUCCACAUUCGAAAUUAUCAAGAUCAAUUGUGUGCUCAAGCAUUGCUUUCUGAGAAUAAAGCGCCUAUGAACCUGAUUGGCAGCAGAUGGCUGAUUAAAGAGGAAUUGGAAGAAAUGUUAGUGGAAAAACUGUCAGAUCAAGAUUAUUCACAGUGUAUUCAGCUGCUGGAAAGAUUAGUAACACUGCCAUACUGUGAUAUCGAAGAAGAUUAUCUGCUUAAAUUUCGCAGGCAAUUACCUAUACAAUCCAAAAAGCAAACAUUUGAACCCCUGAAAUAUGAUGAGCGAGGAGUGGCCUUUAGCACUGCAGAAGGUAGCAGAAAGUCAUCAAAAGCAAGUGCUACCAUUUAUGGAAACGGAAGUGGAAAAUUCACUAUAAAUGGAGAUGAUUAUUUACUUUACUUCCCAGUGUUGCAGGACAGAGAACAGCUGAUGUUUCCAUUCCAGUUUCUUGAUCAAUUGGAGAAGUAUGACGUGAUCUGCUCUGUAUCUGGAGGAGGAAGAAGCGGACAGGCUGGAGCAAUUCGCUUAGCUGUAGCAAGAGCUUUAUGUAGUUUUAUCACUGAAGAAGAAGUGGAGUUCAUGAGGCAAGCUGGUCUCCUCACUCUUGAUCCACGUGUGAGAGAACGGAAGAAGCCUGGCCAAGAGGGAGCCCGCAGAAGGUUUACCUGGAAGAAGCGCUAAAUCUGAAAAUGAACCUGUGUAUGAAAAUAUUACAUUUUAUAGGAAUCUUUGUAAUUAAACUGUAUUUUCCCUUCCCUUCCA